GGUGCAGGCGGGGCACGUUGGGCGCGCCAGGAGGGGUGGGUGCCGUGUGCGCCCGAGGAGCCGGUGGGACCGCUUGGGCUGGCUCAGGAUGAGGACGCGCUGGGCGACCCCUCGCCGCGCGGCGGGGCUCCUCGUGCUACUCCUCUGGUGCUGCGGACUGGUGGAGCCCUUUGGCGGCGCAGGUAAUGAUCCAUUCACCAUCGUCAGUGAAAACACAGGCAAGUGCAUCAAGCCACUGAAUGACUGGGUAGUAGCAAAGGACUGUGACAAAAACAGGGACAUGUUAUGGAAGUGGGUGUCCCAACACCGGCUCUUUCAUUUGCAAUCCCAGAAGUGCCUUGGCCUAAAUAUUACCAAACCUACGGAUUCCUUGAGAAUGUUCAGCUGUGACUCCAGUGCCAUGCUGUGGUGGAAAUGUGAGCACCACUCUCUGUAUGGAGCUGCCCAGUACAAAUUGGCUCUGAAGAGUGGACACGCCAUAGCAAGUACAAACUCAUCUGAUAUCUGGAAGAAAGGAGGCUCAGAGGAAAGCCUCUGUGACCAGCCUUACCAUGAGAUAUAUACCAGAGAUGGGAACUCCUAUGGGAGACCAUGUGAAUUUCCAUUCUUAGUUAAUGGGACCUGGCAUCAUGAGUGCGUUCUUGAUGAAAAUCAUGGUGGGCCAUGGUGUGCAACCACCUUAAACUAUGAGUAUGACCAAAAGUGGGGCAUCUGCUUAAAACCAGAAAAUGGCUGUGAAGAUAACUGGGAGAAGAAUGAGCAGACUGGAAGUUGCUACCAAUUUAAUACUCAAGCAGCUCUUUCUUGGAAAGAAGCGUAUGUUUCAUGUCACAAUCAAGGAGCUGACUUACUGAGCAUCAGCAAUGCUGCUGAAUUAACUUAUCUUAAAGAAAAAGAAGACAUUGCAGGAAUUUUCUGGAUUGGCUUAAAUCAGCUGUACUCUGCUAGAGGCUGGGAAUGGUCAGACCACAAGCCAUUGAACUUUCUCAACUGGGACCCAGGUAUGCCUAGUGCACCUACAAUAGGUGGGGCAAGCUGUGCAACAAUGGAUGCCACAUCUGGUCUGUGGCAUAUUUUUUCCUGUGAAGCUCAACUGCCUUACGUCUGCAAGAAACCGUUAAAUAACACAGAGGAGUUAACAGAUGUUUGGACAUAUUCAGAUACCCGCUGUGAUGCAGACUGGCUGCCAAAUAACGGAUUUUGCUAUCUGCUGGUAAAUGAAAGUAAUUCCUGGGAUGAGGCACAUAUGAAAUGCAAAGACUUCGGCAGUGACCUCAUCAGCAUUCAUUCUUUAGCGGAUGUGGAGGUGGUUGUCACAAAACUCCAUAAUGGGGAUGCCAAAGAAGAAACAUGGACAGGCCUUAAGAACGUAAAUAUACCAACUUUAUUUCAGUGGUCAGAUGGUACUGAAGUUACUCUAACAUAUUGGGAUGAGAAUGAGCCAAAUGUUCCCUUCAAUAAGACUCCCAACUGUGUUUCCUAUUUAGGAAAGCUAGGUCAGUGGAAAGUCCAGUCAUGUGAAGAGAAACUUAAAUAUGUAUGUAAGAAAAAUGGAGAAAAAAUGAAUGAUUCAAUGUCUGAUAAGAUGUGUCCUCCAGAUGAGGGCUGGAAGAGACAUGGAGAAACUUGUUACAAGAUUUACAAGGAUGAGGUCCCUUUUGGAACCAACUGCAAUCUGACUGUAACUAGCAGAUUUGAGCAAGAAUACCUGAAUGAUAUGAUUAAAAAGUAUACUAAAUCUCCAGGAAAAUACUUCUGGACUGGCCUGAGAGAUCUAGGUUCACGUGGAGAGUAUGGCUGGGCAAGUGUUAGUGGAGUAAAGAGGGCUGUAACCUUUUCCAACUGGAACUUUUUUGAGCCAGCUUCUCCAGGCGGGUGCGUGGCUAUGUCUACUGGAAAGUUUCUUGGAAAGUGGGAGGUAAAAGACUGCAGAAGCUUCAGAGCACUUUCAAUUUGCAAGAAAAGAAGUGGGCCCGCUGAGCCUGAAGAAGCAGCCCCCAAGCCUAGUGACCCCUGUCCGGAAGGCUGGCAAAGUUUCCCCUCAGGUCUUUCUUGUUAUAAGCUAUUUCAUAUAGAAAGAAUUGUAAGAAAGAGGAACUGGGAAGAAGCUGAGAGAUUCUGCCAAGCACUUGGAGGACACCUUCCUAGCUUCAGUCAUGUGGAUGAAAUAAAGGAAUUUCUUCACCUUUUAAUGGACCAGUUCAGUGGCCAGCGUUGGCUGUGGAUAGGUUUGAAUAAAAGGAGCCCUGAUUUACAAGGAUCCUGGCAAUGGAGUGAUCGGACACCAGUAUCUACUAUGAUCAUGGAAAAUGAGUUUCAGCAGGAUUAUGAUAUCAGAGACUGUGCUGCUGUCAAGGUGGUUCACAGGCCAUGGCGAAGAAGCUGGUAUUUCUAUGAUGACAGAGAAUUUAUGUAUUUAAGGCCUUUUGCUUGUGAUACAAAACUUGAAUGGCUGUGCCAGAUUCCAAAAGGCCGUACUCCAAAAACACCAGACUGGUACAAUCCAGACCGUGCUGGAAUUCAUGGACCUCCAGUUAUAGUAGAAGGGAGUGAAUAUUGGUUUGUUGCUGAUCCUCACUUAAACUAUGAAGAAGCCGUCCUGUAUUGUGCUAGCAAUCACAGCUCUCUGGCUAGUAUAACAUCUUUUGCAGGACUAAAAGCCGUCAAAAACAAAAUAGCAAAUAUAUCUGAUGAUGAACAGAAGUGGUGGGUGAGAACUACCGAGCAGGCCCUAGAUCGCCAUUUUUUAUUCUCACGACGUCCAUGGCGUCACUUCCCUAUAACAUUUGGAGAGGAAUGCUUUUACUUGUCUGCCAGGACCUGGUUUCAUGACUUCAAUAAACCAGCAGACUGUAGUAUCAAGUUGCCCUUCAUCUGUGAAAAAUAUAAUGUAUCUUCAUUAGAGAAAUAUAGUCCAGAUUCUGCAGCUAAAAUACAAUGCUCUGAGGAUUGGAUUCCUUUUCAGAAUAAGUGUUUUCUAAAGCUCAAAAAACCCAAGUCUCUCCCAUUUUCUCAAGCGAGCGAUGUCUGUCACUCCUAUGGUGGCACCCUUCCUUCAGUGUUGAGCCAGAGAGAACAAGAUUUUAUUACAUCCUUGCUUCCGGGUAUGGAAGAUACUUUAUGGAUUGGUUUGCGCUGGACUGCCCAUGAAAGGAAGAGCAAAUGGACGGAUAACAGAGAACUGACAUACGGUAACUUUCACCCAUUACUGGUUGGUCGGAGGCUGAGAAUACCAACAACUAUGUUUGAGGAAGACUCUCACUACUACUGUGCUCUAAUGCUCAACUUCCAAAAGUCACCUUAUACUGGGACAUGGAAUUUUACAUCCUGCACUGAAAGCCACACUCUGUCUCUCUGUCAGAAAUAUCCAGAAAUUGAAGGCAGACAGACCUUGCAGAAUACUUCAGAAACUGUAAAGUAUCUAAAUAAUCUGUACAAAAUAGUCCUCAAGACUAUGACCUGGUACGAUGCUCUAAGGGAGUGUCAGAAAGAUAACAUGCACCUGGUGAGCAUCACACACCCUUACCAGCAGGCGUUCCUAACCGUGCAGGCGGUCCUUCAUAACUCUUCUUUGUGGAUUGGACUCUCCAGCCAAGACGAUGAACUCAACUUUGGGUGGUCAGACGGGAAACAGGUUCAAUUUAGUCGCUGGGCUGAAAAUAAUGUGCAACUUGAAGACUGUGUAAUAUUAGAUACUGAUGGAUUCUGGAAAACAUCUGAUUGCGGUGAUAAUCAACCGGGUGCUAUUUGCUACUAUCCAGGAAAUGAGACCGAAGAAGAGGUCCAACCAGUUAACAGUGUUCAAUGUCCAUCUCCUGUUCUAAACACUCCAUGGAUACCAUUUCAGAACUGUUGCUACAAUUUCAUGAUAACAAAGGAUAGAUAUACGGCAACAACACAAGACGAAUCUCAUUCUAAAUGCCAGAAACUGAAUCCAAAAUCACAUAUUCUGAGUAUUCGAGAUGAAAAAGAGAAUAACUUUGUUCUUGAGCAACUUCUGCACUUCAAGGAUAUGGCUUCAUGGGUCAUGUUAGGUAUAACUUAUGAAAAUGAUUCUCUUAUGUGGUCUGAUAAGACCAUGCUGUCAUAUACCCACUGGAGAGAAGGAAGACCAGCUAUAAAAGAUGGCAAGUUUUUUGCUGGCUUGAGUACUGACGGCUUCUGGGAUAUUCAAACCUUUAAUGUUAUUGAAGAAAUACUUUACUUUCACCAGCACAGCAUUCUUGCUUGUAAAAUUGAAAUGGUUGACUACAAGGAAGAAUAUAAUACUACUCUGCCACAGUUUAUUCCAUAUGAAGAUGGUAUUUAUAAUGUGAUUCAAAGAAAGGUAACAUGGUAUGAAGCAUUAAACAUGUGUUCUCAAAGUGGAGGUCAUUUGGCAAGUGUUCAUGACCAAAAUGGCCAGCUCUUUCUGGAAGAUAUCGUAAAGCGUGACGGAUUUCCACUAUGGGUUGGGCUCUCAAGUCAUGACGUAAGUCUUGUUUUGUUUUCCAGAAAUUUUCCAAAUAUGUUAGAGGGUUGGAAAUUUGAGCAUAAAAUGUUAAUUCAAAGUCUAACAUCAGGGCCGGCCCCGUGGCUUAGUGGUUAAGUGCAUGCGCUCUGCUGCUGGCGGCCCGGAGAAUCUCAAGAGAUGUCCUCUCAUACACACUCAUCAAGAUGUCCAGCAGUGAAAGGGAAUGAGUCACAGUGGAUCCAGUACAAGGACCACUGUUACAUGUCUGACCAGGCAUUGCAUAGUUUCUCAGAAGCCAAAGAGUUUUGUUCAAAACUUGAUCAUUCUGCAACUAUUGUUACCAUAGAAGACGAAGAUGAGAAUAAAUUCGUGAGCAGACUGAUGAGGGAAAAUAAUAAUAUUACCAUGAGAGUUUGGCUUGGAUUAGCUCAACAAUCUGCUGAUCAGUCUUGGAAUUGGUUAGAUGGAUCAAAAGUGACAUUUGUCAAAUGGGCAAAUAGAAAUAAGAGUGGUGGUGGAAAAUGUAGCAUCUUGUUAGCUUCAAAUGAAACUUGGAUGAAAGUUGAAUGUUCGAAUGGCUACGGAAGAGUUGUCUGCAGAGUUCCUCUGGGCCCUGAUUACAGGGGAGUCGCUAUCACAUUUGCUGUGCUAAGCGUCUUGGCUCUCAUCAGCGGACUGAUCUGGUUCCUCCUGCAGAGGAACCGUUUGCGCUGGGCGGGCUUCUCUUCAGUUCGAUAUGAACACGGAGUGAAUGAAGAUGAGAUUUUGUUUCCUACUUUCCAUGACUAAAUUCUUCUGAAAGUUUGCUAAUUUGCACUAAUGUUUUAUGAAAAAUGAGCCAUUUAAAAUUUUGCCGGUAUCAGUAUUUACUCUGUUCCAAAGUAGAAGUCUUAGGGAUGUGUUCAGUUGUUCAUUGCUGUUCUGGUAUCUACAGUUAAUUACCCUCGAAAUGCCAUGUGUG